GGUGUGUCCAGCCAGGGUAGAGGCGUCCUUGCCCCGUACAAACAUUAAUAUCGAUUGGGGUCAAAUGUCGAGAUUGAAUUUGUUUCGAUAACAGUUGGCGUUUGUUCUCAUGAAGGUAGUGCGUGGAUAUCUUGAGAUCAUGGCCAACUCUUGGAGACUUCUUGGACUCUUGCUUCUCGUUCUUAGUGACCAGAUUUCCGCUGACUUCUAUUCAGAGCGAGCUGCUGUGUUAGAGGCUGAAGCCAAUACUUUUAUGGGGUCAGAACUGACCCUAUCUCCCAAUGAAGAAAGGGUUAACAAGUUGCUGAUGCAGAUGAAGCACACGGAAUUGGACUCUGCCUUCGAAUCUUCUUCGUAUCCUCCCGCUCAGAGUCUAUUUGUGUCCAAGUCUGAGAUUGAAGCCUCGAACGUGUUCCAGUUCAUCCAGUCCUUGCCCAAAGGAGGAGCCAUUCACACCCAUGACAUCUCGAUAGCUUCCAUUGAUUGGGCCAUUGCUAAUUUGACCUAUCGAGAUAAUUUGUGGGCUUGCUUCGAUCACGGUUCACUGCGAUUUUCUUGGGCUUUGAACCCCGACGAUCAAUGCACUAAAUGGGAUUCCUUGGCCGAUCUCAGACAAGACUUGGGGAGCGAGGAAGUGGAUUAUCUGAUCAAGCGGUACUUGGUCAUCAAUGUUCCCAACCCUGAUGAAGUCUAUCCCGAUGUCAACGCCGUUUGGGAGGCAUUUGGAUCCGCUUUGGGAACAGUCACCACUUUGAUCAGCUACGAGCCUGCUUUUCGAGACUACUUCAGACAAGCGCUUGUGGAAUUCCAUGCCGAUAAUGUUCAGCUUUUGGAGGUUCGGACAGUUCUUCCCGAUGAGGUUUGCAAGGAUCUGGGUCCCUGCAAUAAGUUGUCCCAAACCGAAAUUGCUGCCAUCUACCAAGAGGUGGCCGAUGAAUUUCUUCAAGGCAACCCUGAUUCAUGUGGUACUCAUAUGAUUUUCGCCCCGACUCGAGGGGUAACGGACGAGACCUUCUCUGAGUACAUUCCAAUGGCCCAAACCCUCAUGGCCAACCAUCCCGGUUUUUUUGUAGGAUUCGACUUGGUGGGCCAAGAGGACAAAGGCCGUCCUUUAAUUGACUAUGCCGAUGCCUUGAUUGCCGCCAAACAGAGCGAUCCCAAACUGAAAUACUUUCUUCAUGCGGGAGAGACCGAUUGGCAAGGCGUGUCCACUGAUAUCAAUAUCAUCGAUGCCCUCCUCUUGAACACCACCCGAAUUGGCCACGGCUACGCCAUCGUCAAACAUCCCGAAGCGAAGCGAUUAGCCCGGGAACGCGAUGUUCCACUUGAGAUCUGCCCAAUUUCUAACCAAGUCUUGGGCCUGGUUCACGAUCUCCGCAACCAUCCAGGAGCGGUUCUAAUCCAGGAGGGAUUUCCGCUCGUGAUUUCCAGCGAUGAUCCAGCUACUUGGGAUUUAACGGGCCUUUCUUACGACUUCUACGAGGCUUUUAUGGGAAUGGCAGGCCGAGAUAUGGAUCUGCGUCUCUUGAAAAAACUUGUUCUAAAUUCGGUCAAAUAUGCCGGAUUUGUGGAUGAAACCAAGCGACAACAGUGCCAAGAUCUGGUCAUGAGUAAAUGGGACGCUUUCAUGGAUACCUUUGCAUCAUCGGUGGAUCCUGAAAUCCAGUUGAUUCACAAAUAACCGGCACACUAUUUGAAAUCUAUGACGCAAGCUGAGAAGCCUGUUCCACCAAACCUUGGUUUGGUAAAAUAGAUGAUUUCGCGAAUCUG